AUGAAUGAAGAUCAUGACCCCAAUCCAAUAGGGGGGCAAGCCAUGAUUCAAACUCAGGCUGCUCAAGAGCAAACUGACUCUGAGGAGUAUACUUCCUAUCCAAUUGGCGCUCGUUUCUUCAAGCUAUUCCCAGGAGGUCAUGCAUUCCAGGGUGAAAUCAUGUCUUUUGAUGGUUCAAAGUACACAGUGUGGUAUGAAGAUGGUGACGAGGAACACCUUGGGCCAGAAGAACUUGAGGAGGUCUAUUUCAUUCUUCCAGAAGACCACCCAGAUGAAAGCGACAGAGGAGACCAGGCAAGUACAGAAGAUUGCAGUGGGAGCAAUGGUGACAAUGCAGGCGAUGGUGAGGAGGAGGACGUUGAUCGGAAGAUGCCAGCACGUUAG